GGGGACACAAAUGGGCCGGCCCGGAACUACAUUUCCGGGUCCCGACUAUCAAAAAUUUGGGCCUAAGCACCAUAGCGCUAAAUCAUGGCGUUAGGGCGGGAAACCAAACCAAGCUUCAGAGAGAGCGAGAUGGACGGCGAAGCGAAGAGGAACAAUGAGUUGCAGAGCCUACUGGAAGCCAUCAACUCAACAGAGAUUUUAGAGAGCCGAACAGCACUUAUCAGCCAACUUGGAGAUUCAUGCCCGUCUGAGACAUCUGAUCAGACCCUUUUGUUUGAAUACCUUGUCACAUUUUGGAAUGACUCCCCAUGCUUGGAUGCAUCACAAUGCAUGCUAAACAAAGUAAUUUUGCAUGUAGCUUCGAAAUACUUGGAAUCAGAUAUGUCUGACUGCCCAUGCCAGUUUCUUAUCCUUGGAAUGAAGGCAAGUGUAUGGUGUCAAAAACAUCUUCCAGCCACAGUUGGGUCAUCUGAUGAGCUUCAAGAUGAAAACCAUUCCGGCCUAUUUUUUCAGCUAAUUUUGGAUUCUUUAAGUUUCUCCUCGACCAGUAUUUCUGCUUUGGCAAGAUCUCCUAUUAGAAGGGAAAAGGAGGUGAUGCUUAUCACUGAGAAUUUUGUGGUGGAAUUAUUAAGCUUUACAAAGACUGUAAUAUUGGAGAUUGAGAAAAUUCGUUCAAUUGCUUCAGAAGUACUCAAGGUGGCACAAGUGGUUCUGGAUGCUGCAAUAAAGCUAUGCAGAGCAUAUUCUCAAGCCACUAAAUGGGAUUCCCAUGGGAUAAAUAUUAACAGAAACGAAGGAUCAAAGGAUGAUAAAAUGGUGGAUUAUUGUAAUCACGUCAUCAGCAUAACAGUUUGCACCAUAGAGAAUUUGUACGAACUGGGAACCUUUGCAGCUUCUGGAGGGAGUCUUGCUAGUGUGCUAAAUGUGUCGUGGAAAGGUGUUGUUUCUUUACUGCAACUUGGUAAAGGGGUUUUAGCUGAAAAGAUAGUUGUAAGUGAUAUCAUUCUGACCCUGGUUUCACUGGCCAUUGAAUCUCUGAAAUCUGCUUCCCAAGCAUUGUCGACAACAUUUCAAGAAACCCUGGCCAUAAGUGAAGCAAAAAGGACAUUUCUACCAAUAAAAUUUUACUUGAUUAAUGCUGUACGGAUCUCCUCUGAGUUUCCAUGUGAAGCCAUAAAUAUACAUAAGGAGAUCACUAGGUGUGCGCUGUUGAUAUCAUCUUUAGGCAUUUAUUUUAGCAAAGACACGCAUCUCAGAGCUGCAAGUGAGGCACUGGCAGAGUUCCUGGAACCAACAUCCUUUCUCCUAUUACAUACAUUACUGAAUUCAGCUGAGAUAAAACCCGAAUCCAAAUUCCUUAUUAUGGAUUGGUUAUUUGAAGAUGAGAUUGAGUCUGAUUCCAUAAUGCUGCAGAAUAAUGUUACUACUGCUGCAAAGUUGACUGCCUUCGAGAGCUUAUUCACUGUGGAUUCUGAUGCUAUCCCCAGAACCAAAGCAUUAUUACUUGGCCGGGUUAUUGUAUUCUUGUAUCUUCUCAAGACUUCUACAGUUCUGAGAGAAGAAAUGGUACUUGGAAUCUCUAGGAAGUUGGAGUGUCUUCUGAAUAUUUUGAUUCAUGAAGAUAUCUACUCUUCCAUUCUUGGUUUGCAGAUACCUGUUCUGUGUGGUUUUGGCACAAAUCCUGGAGUUGUUUGGCAACCCAUGUUAUCUUCUGUUUUACAUGCUCUAAAGACUUUCAUUAUUGUUGCAUCUUCUUCAGAUCCAGCUUGGAUGGAGGUGGAAACCUUUUUAUAUGAGAACCUUUUCCACCCACAUUUUCUGUGUGUGGAGAUUGUUACAGAACUCUGGGGCUUUAUUAUUCGCCAUGCUGAAACCGAUAUGGUCAAUUGCAUUCUUAACAUACUGUUUUUAUUUCUAAAGACGAUAGCAUCAUCAGAACCAGCUCUUACACCCAAUAGUGCUCUAAGAAAGAUGUCAAGACCAAUAUGUGUGCUUCUCACUUAUGCACCUCCAGCCAUUGUAGAUCAUGUUUACAAUUCUGCACUAAGUGAUGAUGCAUCCUUUUUGUCAUAUGUCAUCUAUUUAGCAUUACUCAUGGAGGGUUUCCCUCUGGAUUCAUUAUCUGAUAACAUAAAAUCACUUGCCACCCAAAAAAUUGUCACUGCAUUUUAUGGUUUUAUGGAGACUAACUCCUGUGAACUUGGGUUGAAUAUUUCUCCAGGAUCUUGUAGUUCUAGUUUACCUGGGCUACCUGUGUAUGCUUUAUCAUCUGCCUUACGUUGUAGCCAUAUCGAGAAUUCUGAUUUAAUUGAUGACAAGAAAACUUUGAAGGUCCUGAAAUUUAUGCUUUCUGUCAUUCAUGGGUAUACAAGUGCCACUGAAACUGUGAAAGAUCAUUAUGCCAGACUUCUUGGCAUGACUUUAGAUAUCAUCUCAAAUAUGAAGGAUCUUUUUGGUUUGGAUGAAUUUGAAAAAGUAAUCUUGGAGCUUCAUAACCUUUUUGCGUCAGGUUCUACUGAUGCCGAUGCAUUUUUGUAUCAGUGCAAGCCUUCUCUGGCUUCUUUCAUGGCUAGUCUUAGUCACAUGGAAAUAGCAGAAGGGGAAGGUAGUGCACUGUUUUCUGCAGUAUGGGAAUUGUAUCAUGUGAUACUGAGGGAACGACAUUGGGCAUUUAUUCAUUUGGCUAUUGCUUCUUUUGGUUAUUUUGCUGCCCGUACAUCAUGCACCCAACUCUGGAGAUUUGUUCCCCAUGAUGCAGCUCUCUCAUACAAUACGAACACGGGGAAGGAGACAAAUGAAGACAGAUUCAUGUCUGAAUUGAAAGGAUUUCUUGAAAAAGAGGUGGCUUUGAAUGAGUUUACUCUGUCCAAAGAGCAGCUAAGUCUUCUUGAUAAGGAAGGGACGGCACUGAAAAAAUUAAGCAAGUUAUUAAAUACCAUUCCACAAGUAUCUGGCUCUGAAACCAUGGAGAUCAGUGCUGAAAGUUGUGUCAACAAAAAGAAGAGGAAGCUUCCAGUUGGAAUUUGUGAAGGAAUGGAAUUGCUUCAGAGCGGUCUGAAGGUUAUGCGCAAUGCUCUUUGUCAAGCUGACUCUGUUGAACUCAGUGAUGAAAUCUCAACUCAAAUAUCUUGCCUUGAAGAUGUUAUUUCUCGUCUAAUGGGUCUAUCUGAUGAUGUGUGAAAGAUUGUGUAUAGAGCCUAAGCUGGAAUUUAUAUCCUCAAGUGAGUAUGGUUACCUUGUGUAAUGCAAUAUUAUCACAAUUCUCAAACCAGUCUGAACAUCAAUUAGCAUAGCAGUGGCAUGACCUGUAUUGAUAUUUGUACAUGGACUAGGCAUGAUUGAAAAGUAAAAUUACCUUUUCCCGUUUCAUUAGAGAUGAA